AUGAAAAUCAUGCAUUUGAACCAGAAACUUAGGACUAACAAGAAAGUGGUGAGAACCAAGUUAUCCUAACUCCUAUGACAUAAAUUUCCAGAUCGAACCUGUAAAUUGCUGCAAUAUCCCAAUAACCCAUGCCGUUUUCAUCUUCCAAUCCUUGAUUAUCAUCCUAUUUCUCACCUGCGCAAUCUCAACUCUCAAUGGAACUUUCUACCUAGUUGGGGUAAGUUCGGAUAUAUCACGAAAACUUCUCAACAUAGAUAUUCUAGGCGCUCAUUCAAAUUCUGAUUACCAUUGGUUUCACCUUCGAGAUUCUUCGCUUCAUUGUUUUUCAUAUUUUCUUGCAAACCCUUGGAAGUGUCACUGCUGGCUAUGUUUUUUGCAGUCUUUUCUUUAGAUGUGGGUUCUAGUGUGUGGGUUUUUUUUAAUUUUCAAAGUUUUACAGAUAACUACGAUCCAUCAUUUUCUCGCGACUUCCCAGAAAUCACAGAUGUUCACAUUUGGAUCUUCGCAGUUCUAUUGAUCGGUGAGUUAGUUGUUAGUGUACUUAUAGAUCUCCCCGAAUUGUGAUUUCAGCAAAUUCUUACUACAUGAAAUUGAUCCAUGAUCUCUACGACUUCCUUGAAGAAAAACAUGAGAGAGCUCAAGAAAUCGCUGAAAUCGAAAAAUGUGUUGUCUAG